CUCACGAUUAGCAAAAGAAUCAAGAGAGGAGGGGGAGAGGCAAACCCCUGAGAGCAAGUGAGCGAGUUAACAAACAUGCAGGAGCGAGCCGAUGUCGGUUAACCAGCUGAUCGGCCUCCCAGAUAGAGAGGGAGAGGAGAGGGAGAGGGAGGGGAGAGUGACUACUGAUGCUCCAGCAAGCUGCGCCGUGUGAGUCAGUGCUGUGGAGAGCAGAGCAGAACAACAACAGAAGCAGCAGCAGCGGCGUGGGCCACGCUUGCCUCUCAUUCAUGAGCGUCAACAGCGCAGAAGGGCUGGAUGGGAAAGCCGAGCGGUUGAGCAAGAGGAGGAAGUGAGCGAGCCGGGUAGCAAGCGAGAGGGAGAGAAGCCGACGAUAGGUGGGAGGGAGGAAAGAACACAGAGUCUCCUUUUUGAAGUGGGAGAUCGUUGAAUCUGCCGGAUAAAGACUCCACAUACUGCAGGGAUGUCCUGGUUGUCUCCGGUCCAGUGGGCCAAAUGGACAUGGUCUGCAGUGACUGGGGCUGCUGAGGACGAGGGGCAGCCCGGACCCAAGGAUGGCGGAGAGGACAACUCGGACUCAGAGGGGACCUUCGGGACUCCGGAGGCAGAGUCUCCAGGUGUUUUGAAGCUACUGAGCCAACUAGACAACUCCCACCACACAGUUCUUCCUGAUGUUACAAACCACUUUCUGGACAAGAACUCCAACCAGGAAAUCGGCCCAGUUUCAUCCCAAGAGGUAGAUUCCCUGAACAACCUCGCCGGCCCUCCACCUGUCGACUGGGACUUUGGUCUGGACCUGAACCUCAACCUGAGCCUCGGCAGCAGUCCGUGUCCCGGAGGCGGCCUUUCGCCAUCCAGCCUGGAGCCUCACGCCCUGCGGCCCCCAUCGUUGGCCUUCCUUUCCCCGCGAAACAAACCAGAUCCUUCCGAGGUGGACGACCAGGCUCCGGUGACAUCUGACUCCAGCCCGGACUCGGACCUGAUCUCCCGUCCACACAUUUGUGUGGAUCCCGACUUGCUUAAUGGCAACAUGAACUCCAACACACAAAAUGCAAAAGCGACCUGUGAGGCCAACGGCACAAUUAUCUCGACUGCUGAGCCAGUCCAUUUCCUCUGUGUUCUGUUAAACUCGUGUAAAGUGACCCAGCAGAUGCAAAAGGACUUAAGCGGACAGGAUGACCAUCAUGGAGGCCACGCCACUGACGAGGAGAAACUGGCCAGCAGUGGCAAACCAGACCAGGACCAAAGCAAGUGCCAUGUGACAUCAAAACCGGAGGACUCAGACUGCUGCUCAUUGCAAUUUGAAGACCCGUGCAAACUGAAGCCAGAAGGAAGUGAAAUGCAGAAAACAGGAAGUCAGGUCUUGGAUUCCAUCUGCAUCAGUGAGGCAGAAAAACAGGCUGUUCUCACACUGAUUAGAGAAGAGAUCAUCACUAAAGAGGCAGUGGCCAACGACUGGAAGAAAAAGUACGAGGACAGCAGACAAGAAGUCAGUGAGAUGAGGAAGAUUGUCGCAGAAUACGAGAAGACAAUCGCUCAGAUGAUCGAUGACGAGAAACGAAACAGCCAGAGUUCCCAGAAGGCUUUGCACACUAUGUUGAAGGAGAAGGAAUCCGCCCUGGCCGACCUGAACUCCGUGGAGCGCUCUCUCUCUGACGUGUUCCGGCGUUAUGAGAAUUUGAAGAGCACGCUGGAGGGCUUUAAGAAAAAUGAGGAGGUGCUGAAGAAGUGUGCUCAGGAGUACCUCGCCCGAGUCAAGCAGGAGGAGCAGAGAUACCAGACACUUAAACUCCAUGCUGAGGAGAAACUAGACAAGGCCAAUGAGGACAUUGCUCAGGUGCGUGCAAAGGCGAGCUCAGAGAACAUGGCGGUGGCCGCCAGUUUGAGAAAGGAACAAAUGAAGAACGAGUCUCUGGAACAAGCACUGCAGCAGAAGAAUCAAGAGAUGGAGGAACUCACUAAGAUCUGUGAUGAGCUGAUUGCCAAAAUGGGACGAUUAGACUGAGAGGCGCGUCGUGUGAUCAGCAUCUAGUGUCCCUCCGGUCCCGCCGUCCGCCAGCCGUCCGCCAGCCGUCCGCCAGCCCUGCAUCACAGACGCUGCUUAAAACUGAUGUCUAAAGUAACUUCACGUAUACUUCAAUUGCACUACUUGCGACCUGAACCCAGGUUCUCUACAUGCUAAUAUCUGUUGUAGUUGGGACUCUGUUAUAUGUAAAUGGUCACGUUGUUUUGUUUGCAUUCAUGCUCAUUAUAAGGCCAUCUGCACCUCUUGUGCUUUCGCCCUUCCUGGCAGUGAGCCACAAAGCUUCUUAUGACUAAACGUACAUUCCCAGCAGCUAACGGGUACAUUUCCAGCAACUCCUGAUAUGACAUCAUGCAGGCGGAGGUCGUUUAAGAGUUACAAUUGGCCAUGCAGUAUAUUUUGCAGGAUUGUUUUAUAGAAAAGCAACGACCCAUGAAAUAUAUAUUUCUAUGUAAGUAAGCAAGGAUUUUCCUCUGACAGAGCAGAGCUCAGGGGUAUUGUGUGGAGCUGAAACGAGGUCAGGGUCAAAGUCAGGCUGCACAAGAACUGUAGGUGAGGAUUAAAGAUAAUUUGAGGAAAUAUAGUAGAGCUCCGAGGCCUUGGUUUGUUGGGGAUCAACACUGAAACCAGACAGAGUUUUGACCACAUGUUGGUAGAACUAAAGCAAAUGCUCUACAUGAAUUGUAGACAAUGCAAACAACCGUGGUACUGAAACAGGACAAUCAAAGACUUCACUGUAAUUAUAUUAACUUGGUGGCAUUGUUUUGUUGCUGAAAAGAAAAGAGGGAAAAUAUAACCUACUCCACCAUCAAUGUAUGAAAACUAUUCAUGGUUAAGGAUCCUAAACAACUGGAGCAGAGGGACUAUAUUUUGGUCUAACAUAUUUUAAGCUAUUAUAAGGAAAGCCAGCACUGCAAUACAUUAAGAAUUAUUUAUUUUUUCAAGUGUCCACUAAUCACAUUUACCUCCAAACAAGAAGGAAACUACGUGUUUAACGUCUGUAGAAGAGUUUUUUGUCUGUGUAAUGAAAAUGUGACCUGUCGUUUCUGGAUUUACAGACCACACUAAUCAUUCAGCAGAUAAAUCUGUUUCUUUGCAUGAUUAUUUUCAUAGUUUUGUGUGCCUUAGAAUGUAGAUUGAUUUUGUAACACAGCAUUCAAACUAGAUGGGUAGUUUUGUCUCGGGAGGCUGUGGUUUAGUAGCUGUGACUAUUACUUCUAUCAGUAUAAAACAUGCAAAUCUUAGAAUCUAAUCAGGCAAUAUGUGGUCAAACUGAACUAAAAUCUAACACUCAACACUGAGUCACUAUUGAAAAGUCUGAAUUAGUGAAACAAACCCAACAAUAUGCUAUGGUUUCUAUUAGUGUCAUUCAAACCUCACGUUACUUCUCGUUUCUCAGCUGUUCUGCUUGUGCUUUACAAAAUACUGUUUGUCACUUUAGCCCCUUUCUUUAAAUAUUGCUUGUACAUUAGAAAUGAAUCUCACUCUUGUGUUGACACUUUGAGGACUAGCAGCGCGAGUGUGUGUACAUUUGCCUGAAUAAACAUGAAUAUAAUUUGUUCUACUAAA